AUGUCUUUUCUCGGAAAAAAAGUUGGCUUAAUUGUACCUUUAGUGUCUAUAAUAGCAUACAAUGUAUUAAUGAAGGCACCUUAUACCAGCUUCUCUUGUUCAUUGCUUCAUAUCGGGUGCCCGUCUCAUAUACCAAUUCACGGGUUUGUCAAUGAUGAAUAUAAGGAAGUGUAUAAUAUAUUUGUGAACAAUUUCAAGCAAGGGCUAGAUAUUGGGGCCUCUAUUUCGGCCUAUGUAGACGGAAAGCAGGUUUUAAGUCUCCAGGGCGGAUGGCAUGACCGAGAUAAACAAAUCGAAUACACAAAUGAAACCCUACAAAUGGUGUAUUCGUGUACGAAGGGUCUGGAUGCUAUUAUUAUAGCGCAGUUAGUGGAACAAGGAUUGCUCUCAUAUGAUCAGCGCAUUUCGACGUAUUGGCCCGAGUUUGCUCAGGGAAACAAGGAAAAUGUCACACUUGAGGACCUUAUGCGACAUAAAUCAGGUUUAGCGUGUUUGGACUACCCAUUGUCUUAUUAUAAUGCAUCUGAUCUUGAUAGACUAGCGGAUGUUCUCGCCAAGCAGCCCCAUAACUUUGGCGGAAAACCUGUUCAUGCAUAUCACGCGAUUACACAAGGCUGGGUUCAAAAUGAGAUCAUCCGACGUGUAGACCCACAACACCGCACCAUUGAUGAUUUUGCCCGUGAGUUUAUGGAGAAAUGGGGAUCUGAAUGGUAUUUAAAACCAUAUGCAACAGAGGGUCUGGAUAAGAGCCGUAUUGCUCCGUUCUAUCCUAUUCCCAAAUAUCAACAGUAUGCACGUUUGAUCGCUACCAUAUUGAAUCCUUUCAAGGAUAGCUCAUUCGCGUUUGGUCUAUUUAACAAGAACAGCCUUGUUUACCGAUCUCUUAUAAAUCCUCAUAUAAACCAGAAUACAGAUAUUCAAAAAAUUAAUCCUAAACAUCGAUCGAUAGAAGGACCAUCCUAUUCCGGUCAUACAAAUGCUGAUUCGAUGGCAAAACUAGCAGCUAUGCUGGCUAACCGUGGGAAAGCAAUUGUACAGGGCGAACCGGAUCUUUUUACCACGGAUACCACAUUUGAAGAGGCAACACGGGACAUGGGUGACUAUGAAAAAGACGCAAUAUUUCCAAACGAUGUGAUUAAUAACCUUCGCGGUGGCCUAAUGAUUUUUCCUAAUGAUUACUUGAAUAUUCCGGACAGUGACAAAGACGCCGAGUUUAUUGGGGGUAUUGGGGCCUCAGGAGCUUUUUUUGUAUUCAACGAAAAAUAUAAGAUUGGCUUUGCUUAUGUAACAAACGGGUUUUAUGCUCAAGGGAUUCCGGAUGAAAGGUCAUUGACUGUCAUCAGAGCAAUCUUAAAGAAGGUUAAAGAAUUGAAGGGUUUCAGCUAG